AUGGUGUUGGGUACUUUUUGCUCCAAAAAUGGGACAGCUAUGGCUCGUCUUCAACGUAUUUUGGGAACUCGAAAGGCAGUCCUCCGGAAGGAGCAGGCGAUGGCUUAUGCUCGUGCUUUAGUUGCCGGAUUUGAAAUUGACUACAUAGAUGAUCUAAUAUCUUUUGCUGAUGCUUUUGGAGCUUCACGUUUGAGGGAAGCAUGCAUAAAUUUCAUUGAAUUGUGCAAAAAAAAGAACGAUGAUAGAGUCUGGAUGGAUGAAAUAGCAGCAAUGCAGGCAUGCUCUUAUCCAGAAUUGUCAUAUUCGGGUACAUCUGGAAUCGUUCUUGCUGGUGAAGAUAAUUAUCCUAGUCAAGAUAUCAUGAAUGCCCAAAAUGGUGGUCCCCCUAGUAGAAAUCAGGAUGGCUCUAUAAAUGCGUCAGAAUCUGACACAACCACGAGCUCUGGAAGUUUAAACCCUAACCAAGAUGGGAAACCUCAAGUGCCAAUGUCAUGGGCAACCCAUCUUCCUCAGUACAUGCACAAUCUUCAGGGUCCUCUAUUUCAACAAAUGCCCCCAUAUCCAGGGUACCCUUUUCCUGGCAUGCAACUUGCCCCUCCAUACUACUCAGGAAAUGUGCAAUGGCCUCCAAACGUGGAAGAAUCUGGGCAGGGUCUUAAUUGGGAACACGAUUAUCGGCGGAAUCGUCCAUCUAAAAAAAGUAAAGAGAAAUAUUCACAUCGAAAAGGGUCAAGAAUUUUGGAAGAAGAUGAUAUGACAGAUCCCAGUAACUCCAGUUCUGAAAAUGGUUCAGAUGACUACGAAGAACAUGAGAAAAAAGGUUCUUUGAUUGAGAAGCUCCAUGCAAGAAAGCAUGGGAAGAGGUCCUCACGAAAGGUGGUUAUACGCAAUAUAAAUUACAUCACUUCCAAAAGAGAUGGAGAAAAGGGCAGUGGCUCUGAGUGUAAUUCAUCUGAUGAGGAUGGAUUCAUUGAUGGGGAUUCUCUCAAGCAGCAUGUAGAGGAAGCUGUUGGGUCUUUGGAGAGACACCAUAAAUCAACCUCUCGUGGUAAAAAGAAGCGUGAUGGGAGCAUACACCAUGAUGGGACAACUGGUGCUGCAGAUCAGCAUGAUGAGAAUGUAGUUGCAAACAAUUUUGAAGGACAGACAAGAAAUGAGAGCUGGGAUAUGUUCCAGAACCUUCUUAUGAAGGAGGCCGAUUCAGGAGCUAAUGGCAUGGACUCGCAAUCUGCACACAUUGAGGAGUUUUUGACAACCAAGACAUCUGCGGAAAGAAUGCCUAUUGAAUUUAAUAUGGAAUCCAAAGUGACAAAACAUUGUGUGGUUUCAACUGAUUCCUUUUUCAUGACUGAGAGGGUUACAGGAAGUGAUGGUAAAACUGGCAUAGCAAAUUUUGAAUCUGGGGAAUAUAUCCGUCCGGUUACUAAGAGAGAUAGCACGUAUGAGGAAUUGUUACUCACGCAGAGAGAGAAAGAAUCAGAAAGCCAUUUGCAUGGUACUUUAUCAGAUUCUUUCACUGAAUCUUCCAUUGUCAAGAGUCGAAGAGAAGAUUUUUUCAUUUCCAACCAACCAAAUAUUUCAACAAAUCAGGAUGGAAGCAUAGACCACAGCUACAGUUCAUCUUUCGUAGUUGAUCAUUUCCAGUCCAGCAAAAAUAAAAAAGAUGUUGUCGAUGAUUCUUUCAUGGUUCAAGCUCGACCAAUACACAACUUAUCUGAUUCUGAACUGAGGACAGACAUAUUCAUGGUUUCGGAUGUUGUCGGAGACUCCCAACCAAGGCAAAACACACCAGACAAUACACAAGAGAAAGCUGAAGCUACCAAUGUCUAUGAGCCAGAUGAUCUGUACGUGGUGCUUGGGCGGGAUUCAGCUGUAGAUCAAGCUUUGGUAUCUUGGAAUCCUGAAAUGGAUUACGGAAAUAACAGUUCCUUCAGUGAAGCUGUUAAAAGGCAAUCUGAUGUUGCAACCACCGAUUGUGUUGACGCUAAGCAGGGAGCCAACGCUGGAAUUACUGGAUCUUCUGAAGAGAAAGGUAUGAGUAAAGAAGCAAGAUCUAAAGCUUCAGCCAAGUCUCUUGGAAAGAGUAAAUCUGAGAUCCUUUCCAGGAGCAACAAACCUUCUUCCGGAAGCAGAACCAUGGUUCAGAAGAGCAAAUCUGUGAAGGAAGAAGAGACUAGGAAGAAAAUGGAGGAGUUAUUGAUUCAACGUCAGAAGAGAAUUGCUGAAAGAAGUGCUGUUCGUGCAACAUCUAAGAGGACGCCAGAAGAGAGCCAGAAAACGAUAGCUUCCCAGAAAAAUGAGAAACAAAAAGUGCAGAACCCAACUACAGAGAUAAAGCAUCAAAACAAGACAGUCCUCAGGAGUUCCACCAUAGAUCGUCUUGCAGCUGCACGCACAACUCACAAGCUAUCAGAUACUGAAGUAAAACCUGGCCAGCCUAAAAAGCCAACCCUGAAGAGUAAUGGUCUUGUGGGUACUUCCUCGUCACAGAAGACAGGUGGAGCUGAGAACAAGAAACUGAACUCCAACAAGGUUAGACCUUCAGAUAAGAAAAAUAGUCCAAAGAACUCAAAUGGAUUGGAUUCCUCUGUAUCUGAUGUUAAGGGGGAGAAGGAUUGCAUGGAUGCCAUGACAGCUUUGCCAGCAGAAUUCAGCACUGCCCAAUCAACUCAACCCUCUGCUGUGAUCGAUGAUUCUGAAAACAUUAAGGGGCUACAUAUAACUCCAAUCGAGAACAAUAAACGAGAUAUGAGUUCACAAGGGGCUGUUUUGGAUGACAAGAGCUACACUGUGAUUUCUUAUAAAGAUAACUUAUCCGUGCCUACUGAAAACCACUCUGGACAACUGGAUUGCUUGAAUAGUGACAAGAAGUUGACAUCUAAGCCAUCUCCAGUUCUUCUUGAGGGCACGCCAGUUUCUGAAGAUCCUGGUGGAUGUACGCCUGAUACGACACCACCCACAUUGCCUGGCAAAGCUUUGAAUUCCACUGCUAUGGACAUUGAUAAUGAUGGUGUGGCAAAUAAGACAUUCUCCUUAUCUUCUGAAAUUUCUGUGAUAGAAAUCUCAACUCCACCACCAGAUAAUGAAAUGAACCCGGAACUCACUCACUCAAGGAAGAAAUGGAACAGUGAUGAAAACUCGCCUAAAGCUGCCAAGGGGUUCAGAAAGCUUCUAUUGUUUGGUCGGAAAAGCAAAAACUCUCCAAUGGAUUGA